UUUGUUUGUGCAGAAUGUGUGGUUCCACGAGAUUCAAUGGUUGAACGUAGUGUUGGGAAUACUCCUGAUUAUAGACUCACAGAGACAAGCUAAACUAAGCCAUGGAGAUAGUUAACAACUGUUCCUACGGUGUCAACACACAAAGACAGAUCAGUGAAACAGGCAGAGAGAGUGAGAUUGUUGAAGAUGCUGUUACAGAAACAAAUGUUGACGUCCAAGAAAAUCCUGCAUACAAUUUCAGAGCUAACGUUGAGAGUGUUGACUGUGAGAAUAGAGAAGAGUACGAAGUGGCUGUGUACGAUAUAAAUAUCCCAAUUGAGCCAAACCAUGCCUACAAUGUGCACAGCACCGGACGGUUGGACGAGGUCAGCGAGUACAAAUUAGUUAUCCCAGUAGAGCCACUUGCGAGUGUGAUUGCCCAACAAAACCCAGCUUAUAACAUCGAUAUCACAGAGCCAGGUGACACUGCAUCUGUUGGUAGCUACGAUGAGAUCUCAGAAAAUGCGACUGAGCGAUAUUAUGAAGAAAUUCCUGCACAACAAAACUAUCUGACACAAUACCCUAUAAACAAAGAAGCAACUGUUCCACCAUUGAAGGCUGUCUGUAGCUUCUGGCAGGGAAAAGUGGAAGUGGCUGUCAGAAUAACUAUCUUAGUGCUGGCAAUUCUACUGAUGGUGCUAUACGUUGCAUCUGCUAGUCUGGCUUUCACCCCACCUAAUCAAUUUUUAUCGGUUGCUCUCGUAACAGUGAUUAUAGGAGGAAUUUUUCCAUUCCAAUUGGCUGUUGUAAUCAUCAUAGAAAUAAUACACCUCUGCAUCAGGACAUGCAGGAAAAGGACAACCAAAUGUUUCCUCACAUGGGACAUUUUAUACUGUUGCAUGAUGAGCUUCUUCUCACUGGUGUUUCUGGGAACAUCCAUUGCGCUAACUGUAGCGUGGUCUACAACAAGUAAUCUGGGAGAAUAUGUCCUCUUCAUUCUAAUCACGGUACUGAGCUUCAUCUUCACGGCUCUGUACAUGCUCAGGGUUUGCUGGAUUAGGGCAACUAUUAGUAUGAAGUGGGAUUCAAGAAUGGAAAUAUAAAACAGCAAGAAAAAUCAGCAAACAGCCCAUAUACCCUAAGCGAAAUUAGUGAUUACACAAUUAACUGUUUGUGACGCACACACAUUGGGCUAGGAGGUAGUGUUUAUCUAUAGUCCACUUGUAUUAUCAAGGUUGCUGACAUAGGACUUGAAUUAUAUGUACAUUCAAAAUGAACCUAUUAACACGUCUUCUAAAACAACAUUAAUUAUAGGAAGCGCAAUAAAGUAGUUAAUACUUUCAUUUGAGCAGUUAUAAUAAUAGGCUAUCACAGUUACUAUACCAAGCAUACAAGUUAAUAGACUCAUAUAGACAAGCCAUGGAGAUAGUUAACAACUGUUCCUACGGUGUCAACACACAAAGACAGAUCAGUGAAACAGGCAGAGAGAGUGAGAUUGUUGAGUACCAUAGCAGAGCUAGUGUUGAUGGGGGAGAGUACGAAAAUGUUGUGUACAACUUCACUAAUAUCCCAAUUGAGCAAAACCACGCCUACAAUGUGCACAGCACCGGACGGUUGGAUGAGGUCAGUGAGAGUGGUCAGUAUGAAUUAGUCAUCCCUACGGAGUCAGCUACAAAUGUGAUUGUCCAACAAAACCAGGCUUACAACAUCAUUACUACACAGCCAGCAACUGAUGGUAGCUACGACGAUAUCUCAAAAAAUACGACUGAGCAAUUUUAUGAAGAGAUUAUAGAGCAACAAAACCAUUUGACACAAGUCCCUGGGAAAGUAGCGACACCUGUUCCGCCAUUGAAGGCUACCUGUAGCUUCUGGCAAGACAAAGCGAAAGUGGCUGUCAGAAUAACUAUCUUAAUGCUCGUAUCUCUACUGUUGGCACUAUUCAUUUCAUCUGAUGGUCUGGUUUUCACAGCUACAGUAAUUGAGUAUUCUUCAUUGCCACCUCUAACACUAAUCAUAGGGACAAUUUUUCUAACCCUUUUGCUUCUUGGAGUCAUCAUGGAAAUAGCACACCUCUACAUCAGGACAUGCAGGAGAAGAACAACCAAAUGUUUCCUCGCGUGGGACAUUAUAUACUCUUGCGUAACGAUCUUCUUCUCACUGGUGUUCCUCGGAGCAUCCAUUGGGCUAACUGUACUAUGGUCUACAAUCAAUCAUCUGGUGGAGGGAUACAUCUUUUUGAUCAUAAUCACGGUGCUGUGCUUCACACUUGCAGUCCUGUACCUGUUCAGGGCUUGCUGGAUUAUAGCGAUCAUUAAGAUCAAAUGAGAUCAAAGAAAAGGAUCCCCCCCCCCCCCCCCAAUAACUUAACAUUGUAGCAAUAACACUACCUUCUUGAACACAUGCACACACUUAAUUAAUGGUUCUAAUAGGUACUGUGCUUCAUCUUCACGGCUCUGUACAUGCUCAGGGUUUGCUGGAUUAGGGCAACCAUUAGUAUGAAGUGGGAUUCAAGAAUGGAAAUAUAAACCAACAAGGAAAAGGAAAAGUAGUAACAAACAUCCUAAAACAUAUUAACCUGAAUUAGUGAUUACGAUUAAUUUUAACGCACACACACAUUGCACUAUAAUAUCUUAUAACACCUACGUAAGAACGAU